UUACGAAGUUUACUUUGCUUAACUUGGGAAAGGAGAACUUGCAGAAAUAUUAUUAGUUGUCAGAAGACUUCUUUUUCGUAUGACGCUAUCCAGUGAGAUGUUUGCUUGUUAGAAUAAUUCUAGAAAAGUCGGAAGACAAUGCGUAAACUCGUUGCCUUGGAAAUUAGCAAGCUACUUUACACAUCUACAGUCUCGGAAUGGUGAAUACUUUGCAUGUAUCAUUGUGGCUUUUUGGUGCUCUUUUCAUGAGAAAUCGCUUGAUAAACCUUUGCCUUUCCUCGUGAAAUAUGCGUUGAAGGAGUAGUGGACGUGAGACGAAAGCCAAGAGGGGAAUUCUGGAGUCAUGAACUGGUCAUUUCUUAAGACACGUCUACAAGAUCGCUUGAAAAUUUUUAUAUCUUCUUUACAGGCAAGUUAAGCUAAUUGAGUUAUCGUCGCAGAUCGGGACAACUAUUGGACUCUAAUGUCUCUUUUUGCUCGCUCAUCGUUUUAAACAGUGAAAGGGAUCUUGUUCGCGGGACGGCGUUGAACUCUUCAAUAGGAAAUAAACAGACUAGCACAACAUGCCGCCCAGAAAACCUCCUCAUGUCGUUUGCUACAUUUGCGGUCGUUUAUAUGGAACCACGUCGAUCUCGCUGCACAUUCCAAAGUGUCUGGAAAAAUGGCAGAUCGAGAACAGUCAACUACCGAGACAUUUACGACGAAAGCCCCCUCAAAAACCGGCCGGAUGGGGUAACACUGCUUUGUCAAAUGACCCGAGGGAAAGAGAAUCGCAAUUAGAUGCUAUGAACGACAUGGCUUUCCAAGCUUCGCUGAUGCAGCUUGUUCCGUGCGAGAACUGCGGACGUACUUUUAACCCAGAUCGCUUACCAGUGCAUCAGAGAAGCUGUCGACCGAAUAAUCCUCUCAAGAUGUCUAAAAACUUUGAUCCUUCGAGAGUUGGGUCAGGAAGGCAGAGUCCACCAGGAGCGGGUGAUUACAGCAGGAGGAGCCCCCCACCCCCCAGAAAGCCAAAAACUGUUGUGUGUUUCAUAUGUGGCCGAGAAUUUGGCAGUAAAUCUAUCAGCAUCCAUGAACCACAAUGCCUGAAAAAGUGGGAGCUUGAAAAUAGCCGACUACCCAAGCACAUGCGUAGACCACCCCCUGUUAAACCUAACAUACUUCCCAGUUUGUCUGGGGGGGAAGACCUCGAACGCAGGAACCAGAUGGCGUUUGAAGCCGCACAGAAACAACUGAUUCGUUGCACAAACUGCAGCAGGACAUUUCUCCCAGAAAGGUUAGAAAUUCACAUGAGAUCAUGCAAACCUGGGAGCAAGACGAUGCCAGUAAGACAAUCAGGUUCAGCUCGCAGACUCUCUCCUCUUACCAACCCUGGGGGGAUGAAUGCUUCCCAAACCAGUCAGUAUGGCAGACAGAGCCCGCUUAACAGGUACAGUGAUCAAAAUAACAACAUCAGUCCAUUGGCUAAGGACAAGACUUUUGUCAAAAGCAAGUCCUCUCAGAGCAGUAUGAGCAUUAUGAAAUCCACUCCUACAACUUCUUCCCAACGCCCUGCAAGGUUACGGCCAAUGUCUAAUACUCGCUCACCAUCUCCAUCAUACAACCUCACUGGAAAUUCUCCCGUCAUAGGGAGUCAACCAACAGAGGAGGCAUCUGAACCAGCUAACCUGCCUCAGUGUUUUAACUGUGGCCGCUCAUUUGCUGCAGAUCGCAUAGCAAAACACGAAAAGAUAUGCCGCAAAGCUGGUAAACAAAGAAAGGUUUUUGAUGCCACAAAAAUGAGAACACAAGGAACUGAGGCAGCUCAGUUUAACAGACCAGGGGCAAGAAAGAUGCCUGAUCCACCCAAACCUAAGUCAAACUGGAGAAAGAAACAUGAGGAAUUCAUUAAUGCCAUUAGAGAUGCUAAGAAGGUACAAGAACACAUUAAGCGCGGUGGCAAGGCAUCAGAUCUCCCCCCACCGCCCCCCAGUGAGAACCCAGACUAUGUGUUCUGCAGAUUCUGCCAGCGACGCUUUGCACCAACAGUUGCUGAGAGGCACAUUCCUAAAUGCCAGAACACAGCAAACAGGCCAUCACCUCCCAAGGCGAGGGCCUUGCAGGCAAGUGGUACACGUUAUAACUCCAGGAAUACUAUGUUUUCAACCAAGAGAGUUCAUCGUUAGGAUGCUUAACUACCUUAAAUACCAAUGUUAACUAUGACAGUCAAAGCAGAACUGUAAUUGUCAGGGCAGAUUACACAACAAGCCACGGUGAGGUAACAUGGAGAUGGUUUGUAAUAAAACUUUCUUUCUGUAAUGUGAAAAUUUUUUGACAAUCUUUGUCUCCUGUGUCUCCAAAAUAAGUUGCACAAAUUCUAUUUAGUAUUUUAAUUGGUGCAUGUUGCAUCAUAUCACAGCAGCUUGUUGCCUUCUUUCUGUCUCGCUGAAUCUCUUCUAUCUUAGAGAAGACAAUGACUAAUUAACUCCCAAGAUCUGAUUGUUAAUUCUCCCUUCUGGCUGCUACACAUUUCCUUGUAAAUAAGUCAUGAGAAUUAAGUGUUAAGAGAUCUUGCUAAGUUUUUUAAAUGACAAAUUAAAACAAAAAAUAUUAUAUUGACCGCCGGCCAGUUAGCCCAGUGGAUAGUGUACUGGACUGUUGUGCGGGAGAUGGAGGGUUCGAACCCCGACCAGACCAACACUCAAGGUCUUAAAAUAAUU